AUGCCUUUGGUUGAGGGCUUAGAGGGUGCGUUCGUGGCCGCCGAGUCUUUGUCCACAAUGCGAGUCAUCCAGGAGAAGGAUGUGAUCCUCAACGUCUACGAUGUGGGAAACAGUUUGAAGAUGGACUACCUCAAUGACGUCCUUUACCUCAUUGGCACCGGUGUCUACCAUUCAGGCACACAGAUCGGUGAAAAGGAAGAGUGGGCCUACGGCUACACGGAAAAGGGCUCCGGCGUGUUUCACUGUAAACCUCGGUCUUAUCCGUUCAUGUUCCGAAAGUCCGUGAAGCUGGGCAAGACCCCUCUCACACAGGAGGAGAUUCAGGAGGCCAUCGCCAAGCUGGCAACCCAGUUCCAGGGACAAGACUACGACCUUCUUCACUGCAACUGCUGCCACUUUGCCGUGGCCCUGUGCCAGGCUUUGCAGGUCGAGGAGGUGCCACAUUGGGUGACCAGCCUCGCCGGUGCAGCCGCCUUUGUGGUGGACGAGGAGCAGGCCGUCCAGUCGGAGCUCCACAACUUGUGGACGAAGGUUCUUUCCGGGGCUGAAGCGGUGGAGGAGAGCAUCCAUGACGCCAUUUGGGGUCAUGCGAGCACAUCGUUGCAAGGAAAGAUCGACACUCCCACAGCUCCAGUCCCCGAGAAAGUGAGCCAGUGCUAUGUCACUGACAUGUGGGGCCGGAAGAAAGUCACGGCCAAGGCCAGUGAUGUCUUGCAGAAGGCAGGCAUCUUGGAGGGGGGCGCGAAGAUGUGCUGCUAG